AGUUGAUAAACAAGGAGAACCAAGAUGGCGGAGUCCCAACCAGAAGAAGAGACAAAGCGAAAAGAACAGAAGUGUACAUGUCACUACGGCUGCUGCAUCUGCAGCGAAAAACAUCGUGUCAUCGCCAUCAUGAGGAGCAAGAGGUUCAGGGACAAGUUCGGCAGCUUGGUGGACUUGGCCUUGACAGAAGAUGACGACUUUACGCCAGACCGGUCGAAUGAAGCUGUUGCAAAGAUGGAGUCGGAGGCGUACAUCAUGUGUGUGUAUAAGCAGAAGAUCCCCCACUACCCCCCCAUCUCAGACAUGGAACAACCCAUGCCCAAACGCCACAUCGACGUCUACAGGGAGAUCCACAAGGACAAGUUCAGUCUUAAAGAGUUCUAUAGCCUGUCGAGUGAAGAUCUGAAGAAGCUUGACACGACGGUGUGGACGGAGCGUGAGAGAUACGUGAAGCGGUGUGAGGAGAACUACAUCGCAGGUAUGCUGGGGGCGACACACCAGGGACCGGAGCGCCGGCGGGAACUCUACUCCAUCGCGGUCGGCGUUAUGCUCGACUACGUCCUCGAGGAGGCAGAGAACAAGAAGGCUAACCCGCUGUCCAGCCUGAACUGUCCUGUCCACGCCUUACGAGCGAUGACUCCGUUCUUUGAGCGACUGACGGAAGCGGGGAUGGACCGGAUCCUGCGGAUGGUGGAGCUGGACAAACGGGACAUGGGGAUCCAGCGGGAAGUCUGCACGCUCUGUCUCUGCUACAUCAACCACCCCAAAGCCGGCAUGGUCCUCGCAGAGGCGCUGGGAAAAAUCCUGCUGAACUGUGAGGAGGAGGAUUUUCCGUUCUACGGCUCGCUCAUGAAGGAGAUUUUCUGUUACGUGUGUCCGAUCCCCGGCGUGCACAUGUACGUGGACCCGGACAUCUUCAGCACGCUGAUCAAAUAUCACUGCAUCGCUCUGCUUCUCUCCUCAAGCAAGAUGGUGAACAGGGAGAUCGUGGACAAUCUGAAAAUCGCGCGAGCGUUCGACAGCGUGCCGAUCGCGGAAAAAGCCUUUUUGUCUAACAGGGUGGAAGUGGACUCGUUAUACGAACCAAAUUUUAUCAUCUUCAUGACUGAUGUUGGUUACCCGGUUUUACCGGGCGACGCGCGAUUGAAAAGGCUGAUGGACAUGCACGAGGAGUUUAAUAAAGAGUGUCUGAAACUGGGCAUGGAAAAGGACAUGAUGGUGGAAAAUGAUCAACAUUACAAGAAGAGGAUCUCUAAAGAACUGAAGAGGUGGAAAAAAGUGUCCCAGGAAGACCCGGAGUUGGUGGAACGGAAGAAGGACAUGGAUCUGCUGGCAGACUGCUUAACCAGAUCAGUUGAAACGUGGAUCUGGGACUGGGGUGAAGGUGGCAUCACCAGUAAGUUCAUGACCGUCCCGGAGAAGCCGUACCGCUUCGCCGAGGGACUGAUGCCCGAGCUCGCCGAACUCGUGGAGAAAAACAACCCCAAACCCAUCGACCCGGAGAUGGUCAAAGACUUGUUAGAGCGGACCAAACACCGGGCUCCAAAAGUAGUGGCCGCACAGCUGCUGGCUCAGGCCCAAGCACAGGCACAAAAAACUACUACUACUAGUACUACUACUACUAGUACUAGUACGAGUACCAAACCAGAAAAAGACAAGGCAAAGAAAAGUACAAAAUCAGAGUCUGCGAAAAACAAGGCGAAAAAGACUGAACCUGAAGCUGUGAAAUCAAAAAGUACUGUAAAACCGGAACCGGAAAAAAGCAAGUCUAAAAGUACGAAACAAGGAACAGCGGGAAAAACGAAGGCAGAAAAAUCUGCUGGAAAAUCAGCAUCUUCAAAAGCAACAAGUGAUCAAGAUAGUUCUUCUCCCUCACCCACACAGGAUGAAACCGACGAAUCCAAACCCCUGAAGGUGAAACAGCUUCAGCGCUGCGGCUUCUGUAACCGACAGGAGCUGCCGGAAGCAAAGUUUCAGAAGUGUGCUCGGUGCAGGAAAACUCGCUACUGCAGCAAGGAGUGUCAACACCAGCACUGGAGGGGGGGACACAAGGAUGAGUGUCAGGAGAAGAAAAGCAAAAAAACUGAAGAGUGAACUGAAAAGUCUUAAAGUUUAAGGAUUAGGCUAAUAGAUUUUUUGGAGCAAAACAGAGGACUUUAUAUAAAAGAGCAAACAGAGAAUCUUCAUAGUCAAAAGCUUAGUAGUUUUUCUGGGUCAAAACAUAGAAAUCUUGAGUGUUAGGAGAAGAAAAUUAAGAACUGAAGAGUCUUGAAAAUCUUAGACUUAAAGUUUGAGGAAUAAGGGGUGAAUUUUAUACGGGCAAAAAGCAGGACUCAUAAAAGUGCAAAUAGAGAAUCUUUAUAGUCAAAAGCUUAGUAGUUUUUCUGGAUCAAAACAUAGAAAUCUUGAAGAAGGAAGAUGAAAAAGAAAUCUUGAAAGAAAACUGAAGCGUCUGAAAUGAGGAAAAGGGGAAUCUUAAGGAUUAAGCUACUACUAAUAAUUUUUAGGAGCACAUCACGGGACUCAUAAAAGAGCAAAUAGAGAAUCUUUAUAGUAAAAAAAAACCCAGAGUAAUCUUUGAGGAAGAAACUAAGUUAAAAAGUAAUAAGAGAAAUCUUUAGAGGACUGGCCAUAAUCAGGACCAAAGCACAGGACUGUUUAAAAGAGCAAACAGAGCAUAGCAACAAAUGUAGUCUUUGAGGUGGGUGGGGGGGGUACUAGGGGGUCUUAUAGUAUGUUAUACUAUGUAUAUGAAGUACAUGUAAUUACAUAUCGGGAGAAUUUUAAAUUAAAGAGCAAAAUAUAGGACUGUCAAAAGAGCAAAAUAAUAAGAGGAAUAUCAAAGGACAAAUACACAGUAAUCUUGACAAGGAAAUCAGAUACAAGGUGUCUUGUGGAUAAUAGAGAAAUCUCAUAAGGAAUAGCAAAAUAUAUAGGGUAGUUACUGAAGUCUUCGAGAGCAAUAACAGAAGAAUCUUAAAGGUGCAAAACUGAGGGUACAAAAUUAAGGAAUCCACGUUAAAGGGUUUAGAACUUAUUAACCGGGCACAGUAUCAUAAUUAACCUUUUGCAGAUAAUAUCAUGCCUGCUUAGGAAGUUACCAUGGUAACAGCCAUCUUGUCCAGGGCAUUGACCUUAUAUGUAUUGUGUUAGGAAGGGAAGAAGAAAUGGUAGAGACAAUAUGUUUUCCUUGUACAUGUAUGGUAAGUACAAAUGCUAUUGCUAUAAUUACAUGUAUUGCAUUGUACAUUAAGAACAGCAUUGCUAUGCCACAAUGGAGACAUUCAUAUACAGUAUACAUGUUAGAAGCAUAGUUGGGUUAGUUUUAGUGUUAGUUGGUGAUGUUCCAGCUAUCAUUAAGCCUGAGGUGUGUAGAUUUGAAAUUUUUGCUGCUGUUCAGUUUUUCAAUCACUGGUGAUCGGAGAUAUCUAUAAAUUGCAAGUUGGCGACGUUUUUUUUUCUUUAUGAAUGGUGAAAGAAAAAUGACAUUCCCAGGUUAGAAGUGGGUACUUUGUUUCAUAAUAAGACGUAAUAUAUAUUUAAUUUAUGAUGUGCUGCAUUAGUUAAGAACCUGAAAUGGUUAAUGGCUGUUAAUAUUUUUGUUGACAUAAUCGUUGAAAUUUUUAUUUGCUUUUGUUGUAACUCAAAGCAAUUCCUAAUGUAGGGAUGUGUACAAUGUAUCUUUGUUUCUAAAACAGUCAAAUGAUAUACUGUCAUUUCUUUUUUCUUUAAAUAUAAUCUCAAGGAAGUAUGUGCUUAAAAAGCUGAAAUUUAAGGUGGAAGGAAAGACAGACAACUGUGAAGUUGGAUGUGUGCAGGUUUCAUCACUAGUGUACAUUUUUCAGUGAGUAAAGAGACUCUUUUUUAC